AUAUAUAUACAUAUGUACAUACAUAUAUAUUACUCUAAAAGGAAAGAAAAUUUUAUGAAAAACAUGGAAAAAAGAAGCGAGGUAACAAAUUUUAAUUUUGAUGUCGCAUUGAGGGCCUAAGAAGGCUGGAUGCAGCACCGAUACGUAUAUUAAACCACAUAUGUACGAUAACCGUGUAGCUAUAAAUUUUAAACACCCUUUCAGUUUUAUAAUUUUUAUACGGUGUUUGGAAAAAGCCUUCCUGAUCGCAGUUGGCAAGCGACAUUGCUUACCGCGCGUAAAACUUAAGAAGACUCUUGAAGCGUGUGUUUCUAUGUAAUAAAUAAUUCUGAUACUAAAAUAUUUACUUAGCUAAAAUAAGUUUGGCUUAUAGAAAGACAUAUAGACACUUUUCCUUCAGAUAUAACCGAUCUGAAUCUAACGUUUAAGUGAAUAUUAGAUAACACUGAUACACAGCUUUACAAAUGUAUAACAAAUAUAAUGAAAUAGGAGUGAUUAACGGCAGUGUAAGGGACGGCAGAAUGAAUUUGAUAAUCUGAUACGUGUUAUACUUAUCCGUCGCGACCGUCAUACUCUUAAUUAUAAAUUGCUAUAUUAGUUAUUUACUACACUUGUUAUACGUUAAAAUAAUACAGCCAAAAAUUCACACCCCCUCUCUCUCUCCACGAUAAAAAAUCCGUUACGAAGCUAUUUGAAGCUUAGGUAUAUGUGUAAAUAACAUGAUAUUUACAAUAAUAAAUUGUGACAAGAUCAGUCCAUUUCAUUCGGCCCUUAAUCGACAAUAAUAUGUUAAUGGCGAAUUAAGGAAAAUAUCGAAUAUAUUCGGUUUGUCUUUUAAAUCUACAGGAAGAAGAAAGGUACGUUUAAUUAAAUCACGAAUGAUUAAAAGUUUUCUUUUCUCCUUUUUACGAAUUAGAUUUUAAAUCAUGAUCGCUCACAAGUAAUAAUUAUUAAAGUUUAAAUAAAACAUAGGUAAACAUUAAAUGUUUUAUUGCACGUAAUUGUUUUGAUAGUUUUAAAAGUAAGAUCGAAUUCUAUAUAUCACCCUUGGUGGUAAAAGAAGGAAGAGGAAGGAAGACAAAGAAACAAGAUGGUUUCCAAUUUGAUCCGAUGGAAAGCGCUGUAGUAGCGGGACGCGGCGACAAGUGCGACGGGUAUCGGUGAUUAGGAGGGAAGAAGAGGACAAGAAGAGAGGGCUAAGCCCGUGAAAAAAGGACGAGUGGUAGAAAGAGAAAGGGAGAGGGAGAACAGGAGCGCAUGCCGCAGCCACGGCCCCCAACUUGCCCUAAACUCGUGCGAGCAGGCUCUAUCGUCGGUCGAAUUUUAAUGGCGGCUUAUUCCGAUUCUCUGUUCAGUGUUGUGUUGUGAAUCGACGGACACAUUGUUCGAAUUUACACACGUGUGGACUAGCUGACACGAAGGACCAUAACUUCUUGUCAAAUAGAAAAACAAGUUUUCAAUUGUGUACGACGGUGUCCCGUCGUAGAAAAUAUUCGAUCGAGAUAGAGGCUCACGAGACAUGGUGCAUAUCCGCGAUGUGCCGUAGCCGUGGCGACUCACCUCACAUCGGAUUCUUUCACAUUAGAGCUGUUUCGUACGUCUUCACUCUUUCGUGGAAAAGGGGUACCGGACAGUGAGCACCAUGUCGGUACCUGGUCAUACAUAUUGCUGGUAGUAACGUAUUCAUAUUGGCGUUCUACCAGCGGUUAUUAUACCCUGAUUAUAUCUAUUAAGCUUCCUACCCUAGCCUUGCAUACGCACAAACGCACACGCCUAGCGUGCGCGCACGUGCUUUGCUAGGUGUCGUAUACACACCAUGAGAUUCCUGGAAUAUAGAACAUUUUCUAUUUCAUCGAUAUUUUCACCGUGCUUGCUGCAACCGUCCUUCCAUGGAUCAUUAUUUUCGUCCAUGUCUGUUGCCACUUGGUUUUUAGUGGUAUUGGUAACUGCAGCAAUAGACACCCCUGCUAGUACUACCGUACCACCACAAGAGAAUAAAUCACCUCACAUUACUGCACAAUUUCCUGCAGAAGAAAGUCAACAAUAUGGAUUUUAUGCCUUAGAUCCAAAUACAACGAGAGAAGGUGCCCUAAGAUUUAAUCAUCUAGCCAUAGAUCCUAUGACAAAGAGACUCUAUAUUGGAGCUGUUAACAGGCUUUUACAGCUUGAUUCCAACCUUAAGCUUGAAGAACAUGUUUCAACAGGACCAAUAUUGGAUAAUCCCCAGUGUCAUGCCACAGGCUGCUCUUCAAGAGAUACAACUACGCUAAUGAACAAUGUAAACAAGCUUCUUAUUGCUGACCUUGAAUCACGGACCUUAAUUGCAUGUGGUUCUCUUCGUCAAGGUGCUUGUGAAAAGUACAAAAUGUCGAACAUAUCUAUCAAGCCAGAGUUUAUUCCUCUCAGUGUAGCAGCUAACGAUGAAACAUCUUCUACAUAUGCUUUCAUUGGUCAAAGUUACAAUCCAUGGGGAAAGACAAAUAUUCUGUAUGUAGGUACAACGUUUACCAAUAGAGGAGACUAUCGUCAUGACGUACCUGCCAUUUCGAGCAGAAAUCUUCGUAAUUUAGAAUUUGCAGAAUUUUCAUUUAACAAACAAUCGAUAGUAUACAUCGAUGUUAAAUACAGAGAUCAUUUUUUAGUCAAAUAUGUUUAUGGGUUUAAUGCAAGUGAUUAUGCAUACUUUGUAUUAGUACAGAAACAAUCUUAUCUUCCUGAACAAGAAGAAUUGGGAUACACAUCUAGAUUGGCAAGGAUUUGUAUAAGUGAUCAAAAUUAUGAUAGUUAUACAGAAGUGACUUUACAAUGUAUGGUAGAUUUAGGAGAUGGAAAGCAACAUCUUUAUAAUUUGGUACAAGAUGCUAAAGUAGCAUCAGCAGGAAGCGAUUUAGCUAUGCAACUUGGGAUAUCUGUUGGUGAUCCUGUGUUUGUUUCUGUGUUUUCUCCGAGUAAAGGUAUCACAAACGAACCUUUGUCUCGUUCAGCAGUUUGUAUCUACAGUCUACAAGAUAUUGAAACGAAAUUUAACGAGAACAUUCAUAUGUGUUUCAAUGGUACUAUCAAGUAUCGCAACAUGGGUUACGUGAGUGGUCCGAUACAAGAUGGAAAAUGUCCUUCGGCCGGUAACACUGGGAAUAUCCUUAAUUUUUGUGAAGUGGGCUUGAAAAUUUCUGGCGUGUCACCUAUUGUAAGUCAAGCAAUUUUACAUUUUCCUGAUACAUUUGUGACUUCUGUGACUGUAGCAAAUACAGAAAGUCAUACAAUAGCAUUUUUUGGAACUGAUGACGGUAUAUUAAAGAAAGUUUUGCUUUCUGCUACUGAAGCUUUUGUUUAUGAAAGCAUUGUAAUUGAUAAAGGUCAAAGAUUAUUACCUGAUACAGCAAUCUCACCCGAUGGGGAAUAUAUAUAUGUAUUGUCAACUUCAAGAAUCUCAAAAGUCAAAGUGGAGCACUGUAAUAGUUACACUAAUUGCAGUAGCUGUCUUGAUGCAAAAGACCCUUAUUGCGGUUGGUGUUCAUUAGAAAAAAGGUGUACGGUAAGAGGUGAUUGUCAGAAAGCAAGUCAUAGUAGCCCAAGAUGGUUAUCCUUAGGCACUGGUCAACAGUGUAUUGAUUUUGAACAAGUCUUUCCUGAUCAUUUGCCUAUCAAUCAGAUGAUUACGGUUCAGUUAACAAUUAGAACAUUGCCUGAAUUGCCAGCAGGUGCCAAUUACAAAUGCGUUUUUGGCAAUGCAGAACCAAUUGAUGCAUUGAUGACUGGCUUUGGUCUUUCCUGUCCUACACCACCCAUUUCUGAGAGGCCUAAUAUACUUGAUGGAACUGAUCAUGUUCUCGUGCCAUUGUCCGUACGUUCAAGCGAAACCAAUAAGGAUUUCGUUUCUCGAAAUUUUGCAUUUUUUGAUUGCUCUAGACAUACUGUAUGUACCGAGUGUGUCAAAUCUCAAUGGGCAUGCAGUUGGUGUGUAUAUGAUAAUAAAUGUACACACAAUACAAGCUGCCAAGGUAUAAUAUCAGGAGAAAAUAAUCAAGCACAUCUUGCUGCACAUGGAGCUCAGUAUUGCCCUAGAUUCAUACCACAAAAGGAACCUUUGAUGUUGCCAAACAGUGUACCUAAAGAAAUCAUUUUAGAAGUUGAAAAUUUACCACAUCCACAAGUAGGGCACAGUGGUUUUCAGUGUAUCGUUACGAUAGAAGGAGCUAAUUUAAAAGUUCAAGCAAGAGUUGACAGCAAUCGUUUUAUAGUUUGUGACAAAACUGUUUAUUCUUACGAAGCAUUCACGGGAAAAUAUAAAGCCGAAGUGACCGUUGUUUGGAAUACCAAUCAUUAUGUAGAUCAGACUAAAAUAAUUCUUUAUAAAUGUGAAGUACUUGGAUCGCAUAGGGAACAUGCAGACUGUUCGCUCUGUCUAACGAGAGAUCCUCGAUUUGAAUGUACAUGGUGUGGAAAUAGUUGUGUGUAUAAACAUUCUUGUUUACAUUCACCAUUUGCAGAAUGUCCAAAGCCAAGAAUAGACAUGAUCAAACCCCUAAGCGGGCCAAUUGAAGGUGGUACGUUAGUUACCAUAGAAGGGAGUAAUUUAGGAUUAAAGAAAAGUGACGUUGAAGGGAAAAUACAUAUUGGCGAUACCCCAUGUACCUUGGUAGAUUAUGAAGUGUCCGUUCGUAUUGUCUGUCGAACAGGACAACAUGAAGCAACGGAUACAGCUUCCGUUGUUGUCGGUAAUGACGCUGGAUUUACAGAAAGUGCAGUGUUGUUUAAUUACAAGGACAUACGCCUGACUGGUAUUUAUCCAUCCGUUGGCCCACAAAGUGGCGGUACACAGCUUGCCAUUACUGGUAUGUAUUUAAAUAUUGGGAGUACGAUAUCUGCGUAUUUGGACGAAUUACCGUGUCAUGUGAAUGCAACGCAAGCAAGUAGUACAAGAUUGACUUGCGUUACAAGUAAAUCUGGUCGUGUCAGGAGGAUUCACAAGUUAACUUUAUCCAUCGAUGGAGCAAAUCGUACAUUAAUAAACAAUCCAUUUAAUUAUACGCACGAUCCUACCAUAAUGGAGAUCAAACCAUUGAAAAGCUUUGCUUCUGGUGGGCGAAUGAUAACCGUACAUGGCACCAAUUUGGAUACCAUCCAAAAACCAGAAAUGGAAGUUUAUUUUGAUACCGAGCCUACACCAGUAAAUCGUACUGUUUGUACAGUAUUAAAUCCAACACAAAUGGAAUGUCCAAGUCCUAGCGUUGCUGGAAGAUUCGUAUCUCUUCAUCGUAACGAACGUACGGCAACAGGUAGUCAUACUAUUUCACAUUCAAUAAGGCUUAAAGAAUCUCAAUUAUCCUUUAAAAUUGCAUUUAUUAUGGACAACGUGGAAAUUGUUCGAGACUUAGAAAAGCAUUUUCAAAGUCUCAGAAAUCGAUUAUUAUACGUCGAGGAUCCGAAGUUUUUUCCAUUUCCACGUAAUGUUAAGUUGUACAAAGGGGAUACGUUAGUUAUCGAAGGAGAAAAUCUUAAUUACGCAAGCGACGAAUCCGAUGUAAAUGUUACCGUGGGUAUGAUGCCAUGUAACGUUACUUCGCUUGCUUUGUCUCAAUUGGUCUGCACACCGCCGGAUCAACAGCCCGAUCAUACGGAUGAGCUUGGAAUAAAAACAGAAAAUGGUUUACCUUUGGUUGUGGUACGUGUCGGAAGGAGUUUACGAUUUCCUAUUGGAUAUCUUCAUUAUGAAGUUAUCAAGUCCUAUCCUAUACCACCGGAAGCAAUUGCAGGUAUCGCUGCUGGUACUUUUGGUCUUAUAUUCUUAUUCGUUUUGGUCUUGGUCAUUUAUAGAAGAAAAAGUACGCAAGCUGAAAGAGAAUAUAAAAGGAUUCAGAUACAGAUGGAUACUCUCGAAAGUAACGUUAGAAUGGAAUGUAAACAAGCAUUUGCUGAAUUGCAAACCGACAUGACGGAUCUAACAGCAGAUCUCGAAUCGUCCGGCAUACCGACGCUCGACCAUAAGAAUUACAUUAUGAAAGUCUUUUUCCCUGGAGUUAUAGAUCAUCCGAUAUUGAAUGAUCCACGAUCACGCAGCAAUGUCUCUCGCACAAAUUAUGACGCUGCAAUGGUGCAAUUUGAGCAACUUAUUAAUAAUAAAUACUUUGUGUUAACAUUCAUUGAAACUUUAGAGGCACAAAAAGACUUCAAUAUUAGAGACAAAGUUAACGUCGCUUCAUUAUUGAUGGUAGUAUUAAUGGGCAAAAUGGAAUAUGCAACUGAUAUACUUAUGAAUUUAUUACUUAGACUGAUCGAAAAAGCAGUUAAUACAAAACAUCCGCAACUUAUGUUAAGGAGAACAGAAUCUGUAGUAGAAAAAAUGCUUACAAAUUGGAUGGCACUUUGUAUGUAUAAUUAUUUGAAAGAUUACGCAGGUUCAUCGUUAUUUUUAUUAUUCAAAGCUAUAAAACAUCAAAUAGAGAAAGGUCCUGUGGACGUUAUAACGCACGACGCACGUUAUUCAUUGUCCGAGGAAAGACUUUUACGAGAACAAAUUGAGCACAGCGUUGUGACUUUGCAUGUUGUACAAGAUGAUUUGGAUGAAAAAAUUCAAUGCAAAGUUUUAGAUUGUGACACGAUAAGUCAAGUGAAAUCUAAAAUUCUAGAUGCUCUUUACAAGAAUACUCCUUUUUCGUUAAAGCCGUCCGUUCACGAUGUAGAUCUAGAAUGGAGACACGGUCGCGGUGGCCAUUUAACGCUUCAAGAUGAAGAUCUGACUACCAAGUGUAGCGGCGAAUGGAAGAAGAUAAAUACAUUAGCUCAUUAUGGCGUUAAGGAAUCUGCAGUAAUGUCUCUUAUUCCUAGACAAAAUGAUGGCUUUCCUGUUCCUUGUAAACUACCGUGUCACGCAUGCAAGCCAUCCCAUUAUCAUCAUCAACAACAACCGAUUCAUCAUCAUGGCCAUCAUCACCAUUUACAUCGACAUGCAAAUCAUUGUUCGUCCACUCACCUUCCAUCUGCACCAAAUCACAGCUUAAUAAGUCCUAUAAUGUAUAAUCAUCCUGUUAGCGGCUGUUAUUUCGAUUCUCAACAUUCACCCCCGAUAAUAACGGCAAAUGGUGAUGUUGAGAGUGGACACGGGGGUAAUCAACGAUUAUACCAUUUGGUGAGGCCUAUAGAAGAAGUACAUUACCCUCCUGGAAUGGGUUUCACGAGUAAUAAACACCAUCAUCCUGAACGAACGCACAAAGCCAUUCCCGAAAUAUUCUUAACGAGAUUGCUUUCAACGAAAGGCACUGUCCAAAAGUUCGUUGACGACUUUCUUAAUACGAUAUUGACAGCUAAUGAAGCACUGCCUAGUGCUGUUAAAUGGUUAUUUGACCUGUUGGACGAAGCUGCCAAACAACAUGGUAUUGUAGAUCCAGAAGUGGCACACGCGUGGAAAUCCAAUAGUUUGCCAUUAAGAUUUUGGGUGAAUUUUAUUAAAAAUCCAGAUUUCAUGUUCGAUAUAAACAAAUCUACGACAGUCGACUCGAGCCUUUCUGUAAUAGCACAGACAUUUAUGGAUUCAUGUUCCAUGACAGAACACAGAUUAGGCAAAGAUUCUCCGUCGAAUAAAUUACUUUUUGCCAAGGAUAUACCACAUUAUAGAGAAAAGGUCGGUCGUUUCUAUACGGAUGUACAGAUGCUGCCACAAAUUACAGAUCAGGAAAUGUCUAGUGCCAUGCAACAAUUGAGUGCAUCUCAUGCAAAUGAAUUUGACGUAAUUGUAGCAUUGAGAGAACUGUACAUUUAUGUCAGCAAGUAUUAUGAACAAAUUUUAGAGGCCUUGGAGACAGACGCAGGCUGUCGCAAAUUACACCUAGCACAUAAACUAGAAAAUGUAGCGUGCACGCUCCAAGGAGAAGAGACUAGUGCCUGCUGACACAACCUCUUACCUUCCAUCCCAGGACCUAUCGACCUCUCCAGAAACACUGACUAGUGCCUCCACUUCAUGAAUCAGAUACACCUCGUUACAUAUGUACAAAUAUACACGCCAUGUGCAUAACAAUGCCGUAAGUAUGUGUGAUUUUGCUAAGGAUAGCCACGUGAUAGUGCACGGGAUGUCAUAAUCCUGUUGCAGUGUUUUGUUUGUGUCAUUAAAUGCACUGGCGAACAUGCAUAGAUAUUAACAAGCAGUAUUGGCAAUUUUAAUCCUUAAACCUAAUUUGUAAUAUAAUAUAGAGGUAAUUUAAAAUGAUAAAUUGAAUGCCUACUGUAAAAUAUAUUGAUGAGACGAGCGACUGAAAUACUCAUUUGAAUCUCAAUGAUAGUAUGUGUGAUAUAUUGCAUGUAAAACUUUCGCACUAGAGAUCUUGGCUACUCAAAGAUAUUGUGCUAUAGUACAUAAAGAUACAUAGGUUUAAGGAUUAGAGAUGCAAAUUAAUUAAUGUGAUUAUUCAUUAGAAAGUGAAUGUGACUUUUAAAUUCUGACUAAGUGAAUAUCUAUGCAUUUAUAAAUAGAACAAAACGUAUAUAUACAACACACAAAUAAUACGUGCAAGAAGAGAACAAGUGAAAAAGCCAUUGUGUCCACCAGACUGUCUGUACGAAAGGUGUACGGCAGCGAGUAGUCUGUGAUCCGAGCACGAGUGGCUAUGCCUACUAUCUUCAUUACGAUAUAUAAUUAUUAAUAUGUUAUAUAUAAAUAUAUAUAUAUAUAAAUAUAUAUAUACACAUGAAAAAUAUAUAAAGCAAAAAUCACGCAACACACACUUUCAUGGAUUGUAGUGAGCUAGCUAGAGAGGGACUAUAUAUGUAUUAUAAGUUGAAGGGUUAAAUGCUCUGUUGAAAGAGGCAAAAUAAGAGAUAAUAUUAAAUUAAGACGAUUAAAAUAACUUUAGCGAAAAAUUAAAUGAUAAAGAGUUAUGUGAGCAGCUCAGUCAGUUUAGGCCUAUCUACUUUUAUUACGUAAAAACGUCUUUAUUACACAUUGUUUAGAAUUCAUAUUUUGUUCAUACUUGUUUUAGGCAAUCAUAUGGAUAUGAAAUAUCGUUGUUGUGUAAUUUGCAAUCGUCGUUUUCAGGAAGAAAAAAAAAUCAGUAAGAUCAUCAUCAUUGUCAUGGUUUAUUUUAUUCUAAUAAUACGUGUGUGGCCAAGAUGAAAAAGAGACUAUAGCGAACAAAUCUUGACCGCAUAUGUGUGAAAUUUUUAUUAUUACAAUUACAAGUCAUUAUUGUCAUUAUUACUGCUACUAUUAUAUUAUCAUCUCUAUCAUUACUACACUACUAUUCAUACUACUACUACUACUACUAUUAUUGCUACUAUUACUAUUACUAUUACUACUACUAUUACUUAUAUACAUAUUAUUAUUAACACUGAUCAUUCAAUAAUGAUGAUUCUUAUCGUAUAUUAUUAAGAGGAACCGUAUAACAAAUGCAAAAAAAAUGUUUUAUAUGAUUGGAUAUACAUAAUAUACACACGCAGUAAUUUUUUUUUUUUUCUCUUUUUUUUUCAUCAGAUUAGGAGAAACAACAACAGUAUUGAACAAAAUGUGUAUAUUUGUCAAGAAGCACAUUUCAUCUAUUUUACGAGACGUAAAGAAGAAAGAAAGUCACUGAUGCAAAUGCAUCAAAGACAAUUUUGUCGUUUACAACGACAUUUACAUAGUAUUCCUUUAUAAAUGCAUUUUAUGUUUAGUUAAUAUAAGACUGGCUCAUUUUUUAAGUCACAUUCUUGAGAUGAUCGUCAUUCAUCUCACACAUGUAUUAUUCCGAACAAAAGAAAGAAUUUAAUCAAUUCAGCGCGCACUGCCAAGGCUCUUUAUGCGCUACAUUAUAAAUUCUCGAUCGGUUUAACAAGAAAUACAUAUUUAAAGUGUUACUCGGAUCGAAUUAAAAAAAUAAAAAAAGAAAAAAAAAGAACGAGCAAAAGAGCAGCUGAUGUUCUGUCGAUGUAGGCCUAGGGAAUCUGGGGGCAAAAAUCUCUCUCUUGUACUUAACAAUCCUCUUCCUUGUAUUUCAAUUAAUCUUAAGUCUCCAGAAUCCCUCCCCUGCGACAUUAAUUCAUAUUAUCUCACUCUAUUAUAUGUAUUGUAUUUAUUUAUAUUACAAACAGACUAACUCUUUCUCUAUUAUUCAAAUGUGCGUUAAUCUGUACACGACAUCAACAUUUUUUCGCAUAAUUCUUUUUAUGUCUCUCUGUGAGUAUUUGUAUCAAAUUGAGUGCAAGAUUGUAUUGUAUGUAUGUAUACACUUUUUUAUAGUUUUUUAUUUUUUUUUUUUAUUUUUUUAUUUUUAUAUAUAUAUACAUAUAUAUAUAUAUAUAUAUAUAUAUAUAUAUAUAUGUGUGUGUGUGUAUUAAGUUCUAUUCUCGAGACGAAACUAACUCGAAUUUCUACACAAAAAUGUUAUUGUGAAAAUACGAGAGUAUCGUUAGUAUUAUUUUUGUAAACACAUACAUACAUUCGUAUAAAGAAAUGAGAUGUAUGAUCCUCGUUCGCGAAAAAAUUGUAAAAACAAACGCGAUAUAUGUGACAUACAUUUAAAACGUUAGUGUUAACAUGAAAUUGAAUUUCGAUACAAGAUAUGAUAUUUAAUAUUUUCUAACACGUAGUAAUUUUUCUUUUUUUUAUAAUUUAUUUUUUUUUUUUUUUUUUUUUUGUUUUUUAACUCCAAAUAGAUCUGAACUUUUAAUUAACAAAUGGACGACCAAAUUAUAUGGUAUUUGUACUAGAAGAAAAAAAAGAGCGUUUCGUUUUUAUUUUUACUUUAUUUUUUAAAAUCGUGUAUAUAUAUAAUAUAUUGACACAUAAACCGUCUAUACUUAUGUAGUACUAGUUUAUAUAAAAAUCAACGAUUUACCAACGCGCAUUAUAUGACUAUAUUGUAAACGUACAAUUUUAUGGAUAAAAUGUCCAUAAAUAUUAACUCUUUAUCUGCCCUAACCUAAGUAAACGAAUAAAGGAAAAAUAAUGAUGAUAGUUUAGUAAUGAUGAUGAUCUAAUGCGAUGAUAAGAUUAUCGCUUACGAAAAUAAAAUAAAAUAAAAAAAAUCAAAGAGCGUCCCAUUUUUUACAACGCUCGUUAGAAAUAGUAUGAAUAUAUAUUUUUCAUUCCUUAAUGAUGAAUUAAAAAAAAAAAAAAAAACAAAAAAAAAACAAAAAACAAAAAAAACAAAUAUAAAAAUGAAAACAUAAAAUAAACAUUAUUACUUACUUUGGUGUGUGGCAGGUAAUGCGUUAAAAAAAACUUUCAAAGAAGCGAAUACGAUUAAUAUUUUGUUGGUUUAAAAAUGACAAAUAAAUUUGUAAUAAAUAGGAA